CUCAAACACGCAUACACCGCCACACGCGCACAUAGCCCGUGGUCCGCACGCAGAUCCAGCACCAGCAUCUCCGUGUGAAAGCUAACCAUGGCUGAAGGAGGAGAAGGCGAGGAUGAAAUCCAGUUCCUGCGAACUGACGAUGAGGUGGUCCUACAGUGCUCAGCCACAAUCCAUAAGGAACAACAGAAACUCUGUCUGGCUGCUGAAGGUUUCGGAAACAGACUCUGCUUCCUUGAAUCCAUCUCCAACUCCAAGAAUGUGCCUCCGGAUCUUUCCAUCUGCACCUUUGUGUUGGAGCAGUCGCUGUCAGUACGAGCCCUUCAGGAGAUGCUGGCCAACACCGAGGAGAAGGCUGAGGGGCAUGUAGUGGUGGAAAUAUGGACGGCCCAGGGAGGCGGCCAUCGCACCUUACUGUACGGGCACGCUGUCCUGCUGCGACACUCCUACAGUGGAAUGUACCUGUGCUGUCUGUCCACCUCCCGCUCAUCCACAGACAAACUGGCUUUUGAUGUUGGACUGCAGGAAGAUACCACAGCGCUUGCAAGGCUGCAGAUGAGAAAGCAUGCUGAGUCACCAUUUCUUUUAAUUACACCUUGGAAAAUACAUGCAUGCGAGGCAUGUUGGUGGACCAUCCAUCCAGCAUCAAAGCAGCGGUCAGAGGGUGAGAAGGUUAGGGUGGGAGAUGAUCUCAUCCUGGUCAGCGUCUCCUCGGAAAGAUACCUGCAUCUGUCCUACGGUAAUGGAAGUCUCCAUGUAGAUGCAGCCUUCCAGCAGACACUAUGGAGUGUGGCUCCCAUCUGUUCUGGCAGUGAAGUAGCACAAGGUUUCCUGAUAGGAGGGGACGUCCUGCGCCUCCUUCACGGUCACAUGGACGAAUGUUUAACUGUUCCAUCUGGGGAGCAUGGGGAUGAACAGAGGAGGACAGUGCACUAUGAGGGGGGAGCAGUGUCCAGUCAUGCCAGGUCCCUGUGGAGGCUGGAGACACUGCGGGUUGUAUGGAGUGGGAGUCAUAUCCGCUGGGGUCAGCCGUUCAGACUGAGACAUGUCACCACUGGGAAGUAUUUGAGUCUGAUCGAAGACAAAUCUCUUCUGCUGAUGGACAAAGAGCAUGCUGAUGUCAAGUCUACAGCCUUCUGCUUCAGGUCAUCCAAGGAAAAGUUGGACCCUGGUGUGAAGAAGGAGGUGGAUGGGAUGGGUGUUCCUGACAUCAAGUAUGGCGACUCUGUGUGUUACGUCCAACACGUUGACACGUGCCUCUGGCUCACAUACCAGACUGUUGAUGCCAAGUGUGCACGCAUGGGUGGAGUACAGAGAACGGCCAUCAUGCACCAUGAGGGUCACAUGGACGACGGGCUGACGCUGUCUCGGUCACAACAUGAGGAGAGUCGCACUGCCAGAGUCAUCCGCAGUACUGUGUUUUUGUUCAACCUCUUCAUCAGGGGUCUGGACACACUAAGGAAAAAGGGAAAGAGCUCCACUCUCGAUCUACCAAUAGAUUCGGUCAGUCUGAGUCUGCAGGAUCUCAUUGGCUACUUUCAACCACCUGGAGAUCACCUAGAACAUGAAGACAAGCAGAACCGACUGAGAGCUCUGAAGAAUCGGCAGAACCUCUUUCAGGAAGAGGGAAUGAUCAGCCUGGUAUUGGAAUGUAUUGAUCGUCUUCACGUCUACAGCAGUGCAGCUCAUUUUGCUGAGGCAGUAGGAAGGGAGGCAGGAAAGGCCUGGAGCUCCAUCCUCAACUCUCUCUACCAACUACUGGCUGCUCUGAUCAGAGGAAACAGGAAGAACUGUGCUCAGUUUUCCGGUUCUUUGGACUGGCUGAUUAGCAGACUGGAGCGACUGGAGGCCUCAUCUGGUAUACUGGAGGUGCUUCACUGUGUUCUGGUGGAGAGCCCUGAGGCACUCAACAUAAUCAAAGAGGGACACAUCAAAUCCAUUAUAUCUUUGCUGGACAAGCAUGGACGCAACUACAAGGUUCUAGAUGUGUUGUGUUCACUGUGUGUGUGUCACGGCGUGGCAGUCCGCUCCAACCAGCACCUCAUCUGUGACAACCUGCUGCCAGGAAGAGAUCUGUUACUGCAGACCCGCCUGAUCAACCACGUAAGCAGCAUGCGUCCCAACAUCUUCCUGGGUGUCAGUGACGGCUCUGCUCAGUACAGGAAGUGGUACUACGAGCUGAUUGUGGAUCAGGCGCUGCCGUUCGUCACAGCAGAGGCUUCUCACCUCAGGGUGGGCUGGGCCAACACCAAUGGCUACGCACCCUACCCAGCGGGCGAGGGCUGGGGGGGCAAUGGGGUGGGUGAUGACCUCUACUCCUAUGGCUUUGAUGGGCUCCAUCUCUGGUCAGGCUGCAUUGCACGGACUGUUAGCUCACCCAAUCAGCAUCUUCUGAGAGCAGAGGAUGUGGUGAGCUGCUGCCUGGACCUCAGCGUGCCCAGUAUCUCCUUCAGGAUCAACGGCCAGCCGGUUCAAGGCAUGUUUGAGAACUUCAACUCUGACGGCCUCUUCUUUCCUGUGGCCAGCUUCUCUGCAGGAGUCAAGGUGCGUUUCCUCCUCGGGGGUCGUCAUGGGGAGUUUAAGUUCCUCCCUCCUCCAGGUUACGCCCCUUGCUAUGAGGCGGUGCUGCCCAGGGAGAAGCUGAAGCUGGAGGCCAGUCAGGACCAGACUGCAGCCAGAGACCUGCUGGGUCCCACCAUCACCUUGAGCCAGGCAGCAUUCACCCCCACACCUGUGGACACCAGCCAGAUUGUGCUGCCACCUCACUUGGAGAGGAUCAGGGAGAAGCUUGCAGAAAACAUCCAUGAACUGUGGGUGAUGAACAAGAUAGAACUGGGCUGGACCUAUGGUGCUGUGCGAGAUGAUAACAAGCGGCAACACCCCUGUCUGGUGGAGUUCUCCAAGCUUCCUGAACAAGAAAGAAGCUACAACUUACAGAUGUCUCUGGAGACUCUCAAAACUCUCCUGGCGUUGGGUUGCCAUGUUGGCCUAGCAGAUGAACACGCUGUAGAGAAAGUCAAGAGCAUGAAACUGUCACCAACCUAUGAGUUGUCCGGUGGUUAUAAGCCUGCUCCUCUGGACCUGAGUCACAUCAAACUGACCUCCACCCAGGAAGCCAUGGUGGACAAACUGGCUGAGAACGCACACAACGUCUGGGCAAGGGAUCGCAUCCGCCAGGGCUGGACCUAUGGCAUCCAACAGGACGUGAAGAGUCGUAGAAACCCUCGUCUGGUCCCCUACAUUCUCUUGGAUGAGAGAACCAAGAAGUCCAACAAAGACAGUCUGAGAGAGGCCGUGAGGACUCUGCUGGGAUAUGGAUACAACCUGGAAGCUCCUGACCAGGACCAUGCUCAAUCUGACCCUAGCAACAUAUCUACUGAGAGGUUCCGCAUUUUCAGAGCAGAAAAAACCUACUGUGUUAACGCAGGGAAGUGGUACUUUGAGCUGGAGGUAUUGACUGCAGGAGAGAUGAGGGUGGGCUGGGCCAGGCCAGGAUGCCUCCCAGACCAGGAGCUGGGAUCAGAUGACCAGGCUUUUGUCUUUGAUGGCUUCAAGGUCCAGCGCUGGCACCAGGGUAAUGAGCACUUUGGGCGUGCCUGGCAGACAGGGGACGUGGUGGGCUGCAUGGUGGAUCUCAACGAACAAACCAUGAUGUUCACACUUAAUGGAGAAGUGCUGCUGGAUGACUCGGGAUCUGAGCUGGCCUUUAAGGACUUUGAAGUUGGUGAAGGUUUUAUCCCAGUGUCCAGUCUGGGUGUUUGUCAGGUGGGGAAAAUGAACUACGGUAAAGACGUCAGCACUCUGAAGUACUUCACCAUCUGCGGCCUGCAGGAAGGCUACGAACCGUUUGCUGUCAACAUGAACCGGGACGUCACCAUGUGGCUCAGCAAGAGGCUGCCUCAGUUUGUUCCUGUCCCCCCCAACCACCAACACAUAGAGGUGACGAGGAUAGAUGGGACAGUGGAGUCCUGUCCUUGCCUAAAGGUCACUCAGAGGUCCUUUGGCUCCCAGAACAGUUACACUGACAUUACCUUCUACAGACUGAGCAUGCCCAUAGAGUGUGCAGAAUCCUUUUCCAGAUCCACACCUAACGACAGCCUCUUCUCAUCAAAGAGGGAGCUGGAGGACUUUGAAACUGUGUCAGACUUUGAGGUCCUGAUGAAGUCUUCUCACGGUCCCAAUGGUCCCAAUGGACCGGAGAGAGACGAAUUCAACAACCACAAAGAUCAUAACCAGGAGAAGCCCUCCAAACUCAAGCAACGGUUUCUGUUGAAGAGAAACAAGCCAGACAACAGCUGUCCAUCAUCGGCUCGUCUGUCAGAGGAAGUGAUGGCUGAUGACAGAGAUGAAUAUGAAUUCCUCAUGCAAGCCUCUACUCACUACUACUCUGUGCGGAUCUUCCCCGGUCAGGAGCCCAGCAGUGUUUGGGUGGGCUGGGUGACCUCCGACUUCCAUCAGUACGACCCAGGAUUCGACCUGCACAACGUCCGAACUGUCACAGUUACCCUGGGAGAUGAGAAGGGCAAAGUUCAUGAGAGUAUAAAGCGCAGUAACUGUUACAUGGUGUGGGCUGGAGAGAGCAGCAGUCCUGGUCAGGGCAGAAACAACAACGGCUUAGAGAUUGGCUGUCUGGUCGACACAACAAACGGAUUGCUGACAUUUACAGCAAACGGCAAAGAACUCAGCACAUAUUACCAGGUGGAGCCCAGUACUAAGCUGUUCCCAGCAGUCUUUGCCAAGGCCACCAGCCCCAAUGUCUUCCAGUUUGAACUGGGGCGUAUUAAGAAUGUGAUGCCUCUGUCAGCUGGCCUGUUUAAGAGUGAGAGGAAGAACCCAAUUCCUCAGUGUCCUCCACGGCUGCAUGUCCAGUUUCUCACUCCUGUAUUAUGGAGUCGUGUUCCCAACCACUUCCUCAAGGUGUCAGCAUCCAGAGUGAACGACAGACACGGCUGGCUGGUCCAGUGUAACCAACCUCUGCAGUUCAUGACCCUGCACAUACCUGAGGAGAACAAGUCGGUGGAUAUCCUGGAGCUGUCCGAGCAAAGGGACUUAUUGAAGUUUCACUACCAUACCCUCCGACUCUAUUCAGCAAUCUGUGCUCUGGGAAACAACCGGGUGGCACACGCCCUCUGCUCACACGUAGACGAGGCACAGCUCCUGCAGGCUAUAGAGAAUAAGUACAUGCCAGGUUUGCUUCGUGCGGGCUACUAUGACCUCCUCAUCGACAUCCACCUGAGCAGCUACACCACGGCUCGCCUCAUGAUGAACAACGAGUACAUUGUUCCCAUGACAGACGAAACCAAGAGCAUCACCCUGUUUCCAGAUGAGAAGAAAAAACACGGCCUGCCAGGCAUCGGCCUCAGCACCUCCCUGAGACCCAGAAUGCACUUCUCAUCCCCAAGUUUUGUCUGUGGGACUGGACCAUUGUCUCGUAACAACGGCAACAACGGAUCAGGAGACUGUUUCCAGUACAGCCCUGAAUUCCCCUUAGAUGUACUGAAAAUGAAAACCAUCGAGAUGCUAACAGAGGCGGUGCGGGAGGGAAGCAUGCACGUACGGGAUCCAAUAGGAGGCAGCACUGAGUUUCUCUUUGUCCCCCUCAUCAAGCUGUUCUACACCCUGCUCAUUAUGGGAGUGUUCCAAAGUGGAGAUCUGAAGAACAUCCUCAGACUGAUUGAGCCGUCUGUGUUCUCUGAACGACGGGAAGGACAGGUGGACACGCACAUGGAGCUGGAGGCGGUGAAGGACGGGGAAGCUGAUGGAGGGAGGAACAUGCCUAAAGAAGGACUGUUACAGAUGAAGCUCCCCGAGCCUGUUAAACUCCAGAUGUGCCAUGUGCUGCAGUACCUGUGCGACUGCCAGGUGCGUCAUCGUAUCGAGGCGGUGGUGGCCUUCUCUGAUGACUUUGUAGCCUGUCUCCAAGACAACCAGCGGUUCCGCUACAAUGAGGUGAUGCUGGCACUCAACAUGUCUGCGGCCCUCACUGCCAAGAAGACCAAAGAGUUCAGAUCUCCUCCACAAGAACAGAUCAACAUGCUGCUCAACUUUAAGGAUGAGAAGCAGGAGUGUCCCUGUCCUGAAUACAUCCGAGAACAGCUGCUCGACUUCCACGAGGACCUGAUGAGACACUGUGGUAUAGAGUUGGAUGAGGAUGGAGGGAUAGAUGGGGACAGUGACUUCACCAUCCGAGGUCGACUCCUGUCAUUGGUGGAGAAAGUGGCUCACCUGAAGAACAAGAUGGCCAACCUGCCAAAGGAGAAAAAAGAAAGGAAACCCAGUACGUUACAGCAGUUGAUUUCAGAUACGAUGGUCCGCUGGGCUCAGGAGUCAGUUAUUGAGGAUCCCGAGCUGGUCAGAGCCAUGUUUGUCCUGCUGCACCGCCAAUAUGAUGGCAUUGGAGGACAGGUGCGGGCCCUUCCUAAGACCUACACUAUAAACUCUGUAUCAAUCGAGGACACCAUCAACCUGUUGGCUGCCCUGGGUCAGAUCAGAUCUCUGCUGAGUGUCCGUAUGGGAAGAGAGGAGGAGAAACUGAUGAUCAGAGGGCUGGGUGAUAUCAUGAACAACAAGGUGUUCUACCAACAUCCUAACCUGAUGAGAGCUCUGGGGAUGCAUGAGACCGUCAUGGAGGUCAUGGUCAACGUACUCAGUGGGGGAGACUCCAAGGAAAUCACCUUUCCUAAAAUGGUGGCCAACUGCUGUCGUUUUCUCUGUUACUUCUGUCGAAUCAGCCGUCAGAACCAGAAAGCCAUGUUUGACCAUCUCAGCUACCUGCUGGAGAACAGCAGUGUUGGCCUUGCCUCUCCUUCCAUGCGAGGUUCUACUCCUCUGGAUGUUGCUGCAGCAUCAGUCAUGGAUAAUAAUGAAUUGGCCCUGGCUUUAAGAGAGCCAGACCUGGAGAAGGUGGUGCAGUACCUGGCCGGCUGUGGGCUGCAGAGCUGUGUGAUGCUGGUGCGUAAUGGAUACCCUGACAUUGGCUGGAACCCUGUGGAGGGUGAACGCUACCUCGACUUCCUGCGCUUUGCUGUCUUCUGUAACGGUGAAAGCGUGGAGGAGAACGCCAAUGUUGUGGUGAGGCUUCUGAUUCGCCGACCAGAAUGUUUUGGCCCCGCCCUUCGGGGUGAAGGUGGGGAUGGGUUGUUGGCAGCGAUGGAGGAAGCCAUUAAGAUCUCUCAGGAUCUCUCCAGGGAUGGUCCCUCUCCUACAUCUGAGAGCAGCAAGACACUCAGUGACAUGCUUGAGGAAGAGGAAGAUGAUACCAUCCACAUGGGGAAUGCCAUCAUGACCUUCUAUGCUGCUCUCAUUGACCUGCUAGGCCGCUGUGCUCCAGAGAUGCAUUUAAUCCAUGCUGGUAAAGGUGAAGCGAUCCGUAUCAGAGCCAUUCUGAGGUCUCUGAUUCCUAUUGAAGACCUGGUGGGAGUCAUCAGCAUUCCUUUCUCCAUGCCCAACGUGGCUAAAGAUGGGUUGGUGGUGGAGCCAGACAUGUCAGCAGGUUUUUGUCCAGACCAUAAAGCAGCCAUGGUCCUGUUCCUGGACAGAGUCUAUGGUAUAGAAGACCAAAAUUUCCUGCUACACCUGCUGGAAGUCGGCUUCUUACCAGACCUGAGAGCUGCUGCCUCUCUGGACACGGUUGCUCUCAGUGCCACAGACAUGGCACUCGCCCUCAACAGGUAUCUGUGUACAGCCGUGUUGCCUCUCCUUACUAAAUGUGCUCCACUGUUUGCGGGGACGGAGCCGUUCGCCUCCCUGAUCGACUCCCUCCUCCACACGGUUUACCGCCUGUCCAAAGGCUGCUGCCUCACCAAGGCCCAGAGGGACGCCAUAGAGGAGUGUCUGCUGGCUGUUUGUGGUAAGCUGAGGCCUUCUAUGAUGCAGCAUCUGCUGAGGAGGCUUGUGUUUGACGUUCCUCUGCUUAAUGAACACACCAAGAUGCCUCUGAAGCUGUUGACCAAUCACUAUGAGCGUUGCUGGAAGUAUUACUGCCUGGCUGGAGGCUGGGGCAGCUUUGGAGCUGCAUCAGAUGAAGAGCUGCACCUCUCCAGGAAACUGUUCUGGGGGAUAUUUGAUGCUCUCUCACGCAAGCGGUAUGACCAGGAGCUGUUCAAGCUGGCGUUGCCAUGUCUCAGUGCUGUGGCUGGAGCUCUUCCUCCAGACUACAUGGAGUCCAACUACAUGGCCAUGAUGGAGAAGCAGUCGUCCAUGGACUCAGAGGGAAACUUCACUCCGCAGCCUGCAGACACUACCAGUGUGACUGUCCCCGAGAAACUGGACUAUUUCAUAACCAGAUAUGCAGAGCACAGCCAUGAGAAGUGGUGUAUAGAAAAGUUUUCCAAUGGCUGGUCAUAUGGGGAACAAAUAUGUGAAAUCUCCAAGAGCCACCCUUUACUGAAGCCAUACAAAGGCAUCUCUGAGAAGGAUAAGGAGGCGUACUGCUGGCCAGUCAGAGAGUCUCUGAAGACCAUGCUGUCGUGGGGCUGGAGCAUCGACAGGAUCAGAGAGGGCGACCCUGCCAGCCUCCACAACAAGUCCAGGAGGAUAUCACAGGCCAGCCAGUCUUUUGAAGGAGCUCCAGCUUUCAGCCCCAGACCCAUUGAUAUGAGCAAUGUUACCCUGUCCAGAGACAUGCAGUCUAUGGCAGAGCUGCUUGCAGAAAAUUAUCAUAAUACCUGGGCCAGGAAAAAGAAAAUGGAGUUGGAAGCCAAAGGUGGAGGAAACCAUCCUCUGCUGGUUCCCUACGAUACACUGACUGCCAAAGAGAAAUCCAAAGACAGAGAAAAAGCACAAGACGUCCUCAAGUUCCUCCAGAUCAAUGGUUACACUGUGUCCAGAGGUGUGCAGUCACAGGAGCUGGACACUCCAGCUAUAGAGAAACGAUUUGCCUACACCUUCCUCCAGCAGCUCAUCACAUACGUAGACCAGGCACACCAACACAUGAUGGAGUUUGAUCUGGGAACGAGACCGAAGGGGGAGAAGAUUCCUCAUGAACAGCAGAUUAAGUUCUUUGGAAAGGUCGUCUUGCCGUUGGUGGAUCAGUACUUUAAAAACCACAGGCUAUACUUCCUGUCCACAGCCAUCCAUCCAAUCAGCAGCGGAGGCCACGCCUCCAACAAGGAGAAAGAGAUGGUGACCAGUCUUUUCUGCAAACUGGGAGUUCUUGUCAGACAUAGGAUAUCCUUAUUUGGUAACAAUGCCACAUCCAUAGUCAACUGUCUGCAGAUACUGGGACAAAGCCUGGAUGCCAGGACAGUGAUGAAGACUGGUCUGGAGUCAGUGAAGGCAGCACUGCGGUUGUACUUUGACAGUGCAGCAGAAGACCUGGAGAAGACCCAGGAGAACCUGAAGCUGGGCCAGUUCACCCACAGCAGAGAGCAGCCGCGAGGUGUCACUCAGAUCAUCAACUACACCACCUUCGCCCUGCUGCCCGUCCUCUCCUCCCUGUUUGAACACAUCGGACAGAACAUUUUUGGAGAAGACCUCAUAUUGGAUGAUGUCCAGGUUUCCUGCUACAGAAUCCUCAACAGCCUCUACUGUCUGGGAACUAACAAAAGCAUCUACGUAGAGAGACAGCGUCCAGCAUUAGGACAGUGUUUAGCUGCCUUCUCAGCAGCCUUUCCUGUUGCAUUCCUUGAGCCUCACAUCAACAAGUUCAACAGCUUCUCCAUCUACAACAGCAAAGGAACUAAAGACAGAGCGGCUCUAGGUCUUCCAGGGCAGGUGGGGGAAGCUUGCCCUCUGAUCCCAAACUUAGAGAAGUGUCUGGAAGAGAUCAUGGAAUUGGCAGAGGCUGGCAUGAGAUACACUCAGAUGCCCCAUGUCAUGGAGGUGGUGUUGCCGAUGUUGUGCAGCUACAUGUCUCACUGGUGGGAACAUGGACCAGAAAGCAACCCAGACAAAGGUGACAGCUGCUGCACCUCUGUGACUUCUGAACACAUGAACAAUCUGCUGGGAAACAUUCUCAAGAUCAUCUACAACAACCUGGGAAUAGAUGAAGGGGCCUGGAUGAAAAGACUAGCUGUCUUCUCUCAGCCAAUCAUCAGCAAGGUCAAACCCCAGCUGCUCAAGACACACUUCCUGCCUUUGAUGGAGAAACUAAAAAAAAAAGCAGCGGUCGUGCUGAUGGAUGAAGAACACAGCAAGGCAGAGGGGAGGGGUGAGAUGUCAGAGACAGAGCUUCUCAUCAUGGACCAGUUCACCAUACUGGUCAGAGACCUGUAUGCCUUCUACCCUCUCCUCAUACGAUUUGUUGACUACAACAGGGCCAGAUGGCUGAGGGAGUCCAACCCAGCGGCUGAGGAGCUGUUCCGUAUGGUGGCCGAGGUUUUCAUCUUCUGGGCCAAGUCUCAUAACUUCAAGAGAGAAGAGCAGAACUUUGUAGUCCAGAAUGAAAUCAACAACAUGUCCUUCCUCAUCACUGACACCAAGUGUAAGAUGUCAAAGGGAAUAGUUUCGGACCAGGAGAGGAAGAAGAUGAAGAGGAAGGGAGAUCGAUACUCGAUGCAGACGAGUCUUAUCGUUGCCACUCUGAAGCGCCUGCUGCCUGUUGGACUCAACAUCUGUGCCCCCGGGGAACACGAUCUCAUCGCACUGGCUAAGAACCGCUUCACCCAGAAAGACACAGAGCAUGAAGUACGAGAGAUCAUCAGGAACAAUCUCCAUUUACAAGGAAAGCUGGAGGACCCAGCUAUUCGUUGGCAGAUGGCUCUAUACAGAGACCUCCCUAAUCACUAUGAGGACACCUCUGACCCAGAGAAGACUGUGGAGAGAGUCCUGGAGAUCGCUCAUGUCCUCUUCCACCUAGACCAGGUUGAACAUCCUCAGCGCAGUAAGAAGGCUGUGUGGCACAAACUGCUGUCCAAACAGAGGAAGAGAGCCGUGGUUGCUUGCUUCAGGAUGGCACCGCUCUAUAACCUACCCAGGCACCGGGCUGUCAACUUGUUCCUGCAGGGCUAUGAGAAGACCUGGAUUGAGGCAGAGGAACACUACUUUGAGGAUAAACUCAUAGAGGACCUCGCUAAACCGGGUGUCCAGGAGCCAUCAGAGGAAGAGGAGGGGCUAAAACACAUUGAUCCGCUGCAUCAGCUCAUUCAGCUAUUCAGCAGAACAGCUCUCACAGAGAAGUGUAAACUGGAUGAGGAUAAUCUCUACAUGGCCUAUGCUGACAUCAUGGCUAAGAGUUGUCAUGAUGAAGAAGAUGAGGAUGGAGAGGAAGUGAAGAGUUUUGAAGAGAAGGAGAUGGAGAAGCAGAAGCUGUUGUAUCAGCAGGCUCGGCUGCAUGACCGAGGAGCUGCUGAGAUGGUGCUUCAAACCAUCAGCGCUAGCAAAGGUGAGAUGGGUCCCAUGGUGGCCUCUACUCUAAAGCUGGGCAUAGCUAUUCUCAAUGGAGGAAACUCUACUGUACAGCAGAAAAUGUUGGAUUAUCUGAAAGACAAAAAGGAUGUGGGCUUUUUUCAGAGUCUGGCUGGUCUGAUGCAGUCAUGCAGUGUUUUGGAUCUAAAUGCAUUUGAGAGGCAGAACAAAGCAGAAGGACUGGGAAUGGUGACAGAGGAGGGAUCAGUCAUCACUCAUGAGCGUGGUGAGAAGGUCAUGCAGGAUGAUGAGUUCACCUGUGACCUUUUCCGCUUCCUGCAGCUGCUCUGUGAAGGACACAACUCAGACUUCCAGAACUACCUAAGGACGCAAACAGGAAACAAUACGACCGUCAACAUCAUUAUUUCUACUGUUGACUACCUCCUCAGAGUACAGGAGUCUAUCAGCGAUUUCUAUUGGUAUUAUUCUGGUAAAGAUGUUAUUGACGAGCAGGGCCAAAGGAAUUUCUCCAAGGCAAUAAAUGUGGCCAAGCAGGUUUUCAAUACACUCACAGAGUACAUCCAGGGUCCAUGUACUGGCAACCAGCAGAGUUUGGCCCAUAGUCGACUGUGGGAUGCUGUGGUUGGGUUUCUGCAUGUCUUCGCUCAUAUGCAGAUGAAAUUGUCUCAGGACUCCAGUCAGAUUGAGUUGCUGAAGGAACUGAUGGAUCUUCAGAAAGAUAUGGUGGUCAUGCUGCUGUCUAUGCUGGAGGGUAAUGUGGUGAAUGGGACCAUUGGGAAGCAAAUGGUGGAUAUGUUGGUGGAGUCUUCCAACAAUGUGGAGAUGAUCCUCAAGUUUUUCGACAUGUUCCUCAAACUGAAAGACCUGACCUCCUCAGACGCCUUCAAGGAGUAUGACCCUGAUGGAAAAGGUGUCAUCUCCAAGAGGGACUUCCAUAAGGCCAUGGAGAGCCACAAACACUACACCCAGUCUGAGACCGAGUUCCUGCUCUCAUGCGCUGAGACUGAUGAGAAUGAACUCCUGGACUAUGAAGAAUUUGUGGAGCGCUUUCAUGAGCCAGCCAAGGACAUUGGCUUCAAUGUGGCGGUUUUGCUGACCAACCUGUCGGAGCACAUGCCUCAUGACACCCGGCUGCAGACCUUCCUGGAGCUGGCAGAUAGCGUCCUCAACUAUUUCCAACCCUAUCUGGGCCGGAUCGAGAUCAUGGGCAGUGCCAAGCGCAUCGAGAGGGUCUACUUUGAGAUCAGCGAGUCCAGUCGAACACAGUGGGAGAAACCUCAGGUCAAAGAAUCCAAGCGUCAGUUCAUCUUUGAUGUGGUGAAUGAAGGAGGGGAGAAGGAGAAGAUGGAGCUGUUUGUGAAUUUCUGCGAGGACACCAUCUUUGAAAUGCAGCUGGCGGCUCAGAUGUCUGACGCUGGCGAGCGCUCAGCGAUGAAAGAGGAGAGUGAGCGGGAGAAGCCAGACGAGGAGAACCCUGAGAUGGGCUUCUUCUCUGUCACCACUGUCCGCAUGGCUCUCUUAGCUCUGCAACACAAUGUCAUGCUGCUUAUAAAGGUACUGUCCAUGAAGAGUUUGAAGAAGCAGAUGAAGAAGAUAAAGAACAUGACCGUGAAGGACAUGGUGACCACCCUGGUGUCCUUUAACUGGUCGGUGUUGCUGGGCCUCCUUCUCGUGGCAUUCAGUGUGGCCCGAGGAUUUUGCCGAAUCUUCUACAACACCUUCAUGGGAGGCAGUCUGGUGGAGGGGGCCAAGACCAUAAAGGUGUCAGAGCUGCUGGCCAACAUGCCUGACCCCACCCAGGAUGAGGUGCGGGGUGAAGGGGAGGACCGAGAGAAGAGACCCCCCAAAGAGGACCUGGCUGACCUGGCUGACCUGGCUGUCAACACCAGUGAGACCGAGCUGCUGUCAGACAUUUUUGGCCUAGACUUAAGAAGAGAGGGGGGCCAGUACAAGAUCACCCCACAUAAUCCCAACGCCAGCCUGACCGAAUUGCUCAACUCCCCGGUUCCUUCCCCGACCCCCCCAACCCCACCCGCAGCACCCCCACCUGAGCUCAGACGGAGGCAUCAGUCGAAGGGCUCUUCCUCAGAGGAGAAGGAAGCAACAGCAGAGACAGAAUGUGAACCUGAGAAAGCAUCAGAGGGUGGACAUGUAGAGAAACAAGAGAAACAACAGAAGAAUGAGAAGAUCAAGCCAAAAGUGAGAAGGCAUCACACCUCAAAGUCAGAUGAACCGGAUCUGCAUGAGUCUGCCUUCUUGAAGAAGAUCAUAGCCUACCAGAGGAAGCUGCUGAACUACUUUGCCAGGAACUUCUACAACAUGAGGAUGCUGGCGCUGUUUGUUGCAUUUGCAAUCAAUUUCAUCCUCCUAUUCUAUAAGGUUUCUACAUCCUCAUCUGUGGUUGAAGAAAGGGAAGUGGUGUACACCAGCAGCCAGGCACACAGCAGUGUUCAGUGGGAUCCACUGGGAGGAGAAGCCAUGGAGACAAAGGAGGAGGUGAUGGACGAGGCUGGGGAGCCCCUGAAGCCCGUCACAGUCCGUUUUGUCCUGGAGGAGAGCAGUGGAUACAUGGAGCCCAUGUUACGGAUCCUGGCUGUCAUGCACACUGUCAUCUCCUUCUUCUGCAUCAUUGGAUACUACUGUCUCAAGGUGCCACUGGUGAUCUUUAAGCGUGAAAAGGAGGUGGCUAGGAAGCUGGAAUUUGAUGGCCUUUAUAUCACAGAACAACCAUCUGAGGAUGACAUCAAAGGACAGUGGGACAGACUGGUAAUCAACACACAAUCGUUCCCCAAUAACUACUGGGAUAAGUUUGUGAAGAGGAAGGUGAUGGAUAAAUACGGAGAGUUCUACGGCCAUGACCGCAUCAGUGAGCUGCUGGGAAUGGACAAGGCUGCUCUGGACUUCAGCGACUCUCACAAAAAGAGAAAGCCCAGGAGAGACAGCUCACUGGCGGCUGUGCUGAACUCCAUCGAUGUCAAGUACCAGAUCUGGAAGCUGGGCGUUGUAUUCACAGACAAUUCCUUCCUGUAUCUGGCCUGGUACAUGACCAUGUCCAUCCUAGGUCACUAUAACAACUUCUUCUUUGCUGCCCAUCUGCUCGACAUCGCCAUGGGCUUCAAGACUCUCCGUACCAUCCUGUCCUCAGUCACACACAAUGGAAAACAGCUGGUGUUAACAGUUGGCCUAUUAGCAGUGGUGGUGUACCUCUACACUGUAGUGGCCUUCAACUUCUUCAGGAAGUUCUACAACAAGAGUGAAGAUGGAGAACUGCCAGACAUGAAGUGUGACGACAUGUUGACAUGCUACAUGUUUCACAUGUAUGUCGGCGUGAGAGCAGGUGGAGGGAUUGGUGACCAGAUUGAGGACCCAGCAGGUGACGAGUAUGAGAUCUAUCGCAUCAUAUUUGACAUCACCUUCUUCUUCUUUGUCAUCGUCAUCCUCCUGGCCAUCAUCCAGGGGUUAAUCAUUGAUGCUUUUGGAGAGCUGAGGGACCAGCAGGAACAAGUGAAAGAAGACAUGGAGACCAAAUGUUUCAUCUGUGGAAUAGGUAACGACUACUUUGACACAGUCCCACAUGGCUUUGAAACGCACACGCUACAGGAGCACAACCUAGCCAACUACCUAUUCUUUGUGAUGUAUCUCAUCAACAAAGACGAAACAGAGCACACAGGCCAGGAGUCUUACGUAUGGAAGAUGUACCAGGAGCGUUGCUGGGAGUUUUUCCCUGCUGGUGACUGUUUCCGGAAACAGUACGAGGAUCAGCUCAACUGAUCUGUUCUCGGAGCAACAAACUCUUCCCUUUCAUACUGUAACCUGUACAAGGCCCUCUACAGCCAUCUUCCCUUUGCUUAUCCCUCAAACCUUUCUUACUGCUCUCUAAGGAGUCCCUGUUCUACCGAACGGCAGCUUCUACACUCGGCUCCACUUCCCAGUCUAGGAGGAACUACAUCUCCAGCCUCCAGGUCCCGCCCCAAGCCUUUCUCCCAGCUCUUCCUCAUCCAGACACUCAACUCGCCAGCACACUUUGUUUGGAAUGCUUCUAACUCUGACUUUGUACAUAGAAAAUAUCAGAGAAAAUGCUGUACAAUAUGUGACUGGUGGCACGUCAAGGUUUUUUGGCUCAGAUGAUGACUUCUUUGCUUCAUCUUAUUCUACAUUCACAGUAACAAGCAAAAAAUACGGAGCAAGUGAAAAAGGAAGGACAAGACGGACAGAGGAGGUGAGUGGAAGGGAAAUGAAGAGAUCAUUCUUCCUGAAAGACUUUCAGUACAAUGAUCGAUACACAAAGAGCAGACAUUAGUAUGAUGAUUUUUACAUCUUUUCAUGUGUACAAUGCACGUUGCAUGUAGGUACAGGGGGCGGACACAAAAAAAGGAACACCUCUACAACCCUGAUGUAAUCCAACACCACCGCUCUGCAAUAAUCGGACCUUUGAGAAGCUUACAUGUCAGCUUUUGUUAAGACUGUCAAAGAGGUGGUGAGGGAUUCGAUUUAACUCUAAGUUGUCUUUUUUUUUUAUUGUGAUACAUGUUACAUAGUUUAUAUAUGUUAAUAUUGUGUCCACACCCUGUACAUGCCAACACUGUGUGUGAAGGGCUCCUUAACUAAGUGUUCAUAUCCCUAGCAACAUGAUCAAUAGUCCAUUUUGUUCCAGUGAAGCUGAGUGACUAAGCCAAAAUACAGGCACCAACAAGUCAUAAUCCUCCAUCAGCUUGCAAGUUAUCUACAUCUUUUUUCUUUUAUCUUUCUUUAAAGACUACAGAAAUAAAUGUAUGUCCCCAAACUGGUUAAAUCCAUUAUUGACAUGUUUAGUAACUGAAUAUUAUUUUUUUUCUUUUAUUUGAUCUUUUGCCCCAGUCGCAGCAUGGCCUUACGAUAGAGGUCCACUCUGGUCCACAUCAAUCUACUGUAUGUGGGCAACUACUGGUCAGAUUGCCAUGACAUUUACUGAGCACCUGACAUAACAUAUACAUGACAUGAUACCAUCCAGACAAACCUUUAGUCCCACUACUGGUCAAGGCUCUAAGAAGAGCUAAACAGUCAGCAUGUUUGUUCUGUCCAAUAGUAUCGCUGCGUGUAAGAUACAUCGCAGCCUCUAGGUGUCACUACUGGGGCUUUAGACUUACUUUCAUCGAUAAAUGCUACUUAGUUAGGGCAAAUUAUGUAGUUUUAUGUAAAAGCAAUACCAAAGCAGCAGAAAAGUGAUUGGUCUGUUUAAGAUGUUAUAGCUGCGUACAAAGUUAGCACAUGCUUGUUAGCUACAAUAAAUAAUGAGCCAGACUGGAGCAGCCCAUUAGCCACAGCUGGAUGCCAGGCUGAAGAUGAUCAAUGUACUGUAUGGAUGAAAGCAGAGGGAGGGGAGACAGGAGGAUACAGUGCCUUACUAAGCCAGGGGGGAGUUUUGCAAGCCUGAGGAAGAGAGGAAUGUCACAGAGCUUCACAUAAAUACAAUGUAAAGACUGAGAGUAACACCUGGAGCUGGGUGAAGGGGGUGUCUAUGAAGGACAGAAACAUGCCACAUGCGAGCACUAUAGGAAAGUAGAACUAGAGAUGGAAGGAGGACGGAGAGAGUAAUGCCCUCAGGACUUUGUUAUUGGAAAUAUAAGAUGACUGGCAUGUCUCACUGGGCCUUAAGCGGUUUUGGUGCAGAAAUAUAACAUUUGAAAUCAUUUCAAAUUUCAGUUGCGCUUGCUUUAUAGCUUUAUGCAGUGCAAAAAGGUGUGUUACAAUUUCAUUUAAUCAAUUCUGUUUGGUUUCAUAGUACUGUCAGAUGAUCUUUAAGUUGUCUUGUAAAGUCCUGGGAAGUCAGAUUUUAGUUUCAAAUGGCCGCAGCAGCAGAUGAGGUCACAUCUUGAGUGGAAACGUUGGACAGCAGAGGUGGCGUGUGGCACUAGUGCUACCUACGUUCCCUCUGAAAGUUGAGGCUCUUAUUACAAAGCUCUGCUGAGUACAGUACUGUAUAGUGCCACUUGUCCAGUCCAGAUGGUUUCUUCCUUUUACCAGAAGCAUUUCAUUGUUUUGGGUGGCUCCAUAUACACUCACGGUUGCCAGUUUAGGUACACCUAGCUAAACUAAUGCAGUCUAAUCCAACAGUCCUGCAAUAAUUCCUACUUUAAUGAAAGUUGUGAUCUGAUGACAUUAGUUUUUGUUGAAAGGGUUUUAGAGAGGUGUUGAUUCUGCAGUUUGUGGUGCUGUUGAUUUUUUUUUUUUCUUUUUUGUAUUUUAAUAUAAAAUCUACUCCUAAUCUUUAUAUAAAUGGGUGGAUAAAAUAUUAGAAACACUUCUGAGUGUAAACAGAAACAAUAGCCGGAUGCAUUGCUGGUUGUUAGAUUCAACUGCAUUACUUUGAGCUAGGCGGACCUAAUAAAGUGGCAACUGAGUGUGGUUUACACUACUUGUUUAGUGUCCUGCAGCACAAUGUCAGUGUGUGUGAUGGCCGUUAUAUAACAGCAUGAACAAUUUCUGAUGCUGCCAUAGCGUCACUUUAAAGAUGGAUCCAUCAUGUUAGCUUAGCUCCGUGUUGGUACACAGUGCUGCUGACACACAGACUGUAUGCAUUCUGUCUCGUGCAAUAUAGGAGUCAACACCGAGAGACAGAAAUCCAUCAUACAUGUCACUGGGUUGGAUUGAAUGCUAACUUUUUUCCUACUCGGUCUCACUGCAAGGCAGGCAGAUUAACUGACCGUGUUUAAAGUGGAAGAGAAGUGCAAACCGUCCAUAGAACACAUUUCAUGACUUACAAAGUUUCACCUCGUAGGGUUUGGGUGCACACACAAGGGCCGGACGAAUAAUUUUAGAAAAUGAUAAUAUCAGAAACAAAAUGAUCCAUUUAAAGCAUAAUUACUAUUGCAGUAUUGUUUUAUUUAUUUUAUGUUAUUUUUCAACAGAUUCAUUCCUCGGUGAUAGAAGGUGUGUUGAUUGAAUAAAUGGCAAAUGUUCAAAAAACAUUCAAAUAAGGAUUGUUCAUCUGAAGUUUGAUAAUUUAUUAAUGAUCUUAUGCAAUACAGCAACGAGCUCUUUUUUGUAUCGAUGUUCUCCAAAAGAAAUAUCUCAGAAAAAAAAAUGCCAGUGCAUGUUUAUUAUGCGGAAUUAAUUAACAAGUAUAUCAAAGACACUAAAUCUAUGUCACCCAUAAAUUGUUUAAUAGGAUUAUUUAAGAUGAAUUAAGAUUUCUGUAUUAUUGUAUUUAAGUGUUGUGGGCUUCAUUGUACCUCUUCAAGUCAUUUGCCACUAGUGCAUCCCUCAGAAAAAAAGUGGCUCCUGCUUUUCUCUCACUUCAUCAUCUCUGUUUUAAUAUACUAUAAGUCAAAUGUUUGUUUAGGUAUCAUUUGGUUUUAAGCUCAAGCAAUAGCCCUUCAGGGAGUGUACGGGAGACUGACCAUUGUAAAUUGCAAACAAAGGCAAAACAAAUAAAAGCUUGCUUAACUUUGUCUCAUUUUAAAAUAAAAUUAUUUAUUCAUUUAUUAUCUAUGUCUUUAUCUAUAUUUUAUUUACUUAAAUAAUGGUAAGGAAAUGCAACUGAGGUCCUGUUAAUUAGUUUACCGCUUAAUCUUAAAGGUGCAAUAUAUAUAUACUGUAUAUAUAUAUAUACAAAUAUUUUGUUGGCUCUUUGCACAAAGGCAUCCUUACAUCGAUGCAGAUUUGGCUGGACAUUUCCUGCCACUCUUCUGUGUGUGCGGUCAGGUUUCUAAAACGCGUAGAGGUCCUAUUUAGUAAAGUUGCUGAGAAUGUACCUGUCCCGGGCUCGGCAUACACUCUGCGCUUGGUUUGGUUUCUCUAAAAGCAAAGGGACCAUUAGUGAAGUGUGAAAGGUGAAUCGAGCUGCACACCCUGAAAUACUUUGAUAUUGCUAAAUUGGGAUCAUGUUUCUUAGACCAGCUAUGAAGAUCCAAAGUUUUUAAUUUUAAACAAGUUAACAUAAAUAAUAAAUAAUCAUAUGAGUAAAUACAGACAAAAUGUAUGAUAUAACCAUGAAAUUGGGAGAUAACCCAAUACAUACAGUACAAUUUUUUUAAACUCAGUUCAUAAUUAUGAACUCAUAUUUAAUCCAGUGGCAGAGCCAAUUGUGUGAUUGGCUCUCCUCUCAUUCAGACUGAGGCAACAGCCAAUCACACAACUGGCCCCCGCUUGUCUUGACUGACAUGGAAUAAAGACAUUUUGAAAUAAAAAAUUAUGGGAUGCCAUGAAUAAUUACAUUUUAUUAAUAAGAAAACAUGCAUAAUUUAAUUAUGUUUAUAUUUAUUCCAUAAUGUCUUAUUAAAUAUUCAACAUUUUGGUGUCUCCAUAAUAACUGACCUACAGUAUGAUGCAAUUAGCCAUAUUUGCUAGUUACCUAUUGUUUUUUACACAACCAAUAUCAACUCACCACAGCUGAUGACACAUAUUUGCUAAUAAGAGCAGUACUCCCACGGUGAAAACAUAGAUUAGAUAGCGAGGCAUUCAAAGGUAAUCGUUAUCUCACCUGAGUCAGUCUGUAAACGACAUUAUGUCCAAAGGAACUGUACAUGAAAAUCUAUCCGAGAAUUUGCAUACAGAGACAUGGUGCCUCUAGAGGCUGCUGAAGAGCCAUCUUUACUGAUUGCACCUUUAAUGUUGAGUGAGGAUGCAUGAGCGAUUUACAUUUAGCACAGAUUACUAUACAAGUAUGAUAACACAGUGUCACAGGUGCAACCAACCAGGGUGGGUGCUAUGUAUAUUGCAGCGCGCUCAUUAUGCCAUGCUAAUGUCAUUUCUAUUUUUUACUUUUUAUUUUCAUGGCAAUAUUACCAUAACUAAGUGGUCAUUUUGCUCAUGUAAAAAUAAAUGUUUUUCCAUAUUUAUCACAGAGGGGGCAUGUUUAGUUUGCCACACAGAAGAGCAUCAUGUAGACUAUUUGAGUACGCUGUUGCUACUUCUGAGAGAUAAAUGUGUAAAGAGGGACUGAGUAAUGAAUGGAUUUGCAUGAUUUUGAAAAUAAAACUGUAUUUAUUAACUUG